CUCGCCAGCUGUCUUUCAUGUUUUUUUUUUCUUUUGCUUCUCUCAUUUUUUGCUUCUACUUUCCAUCUCGAUUUUCAGUACAAUCUCAUUAAAACAGUGGAAUAGUCCAUCACCCAGCGGACGCAUUCUUAGCUUUGACUACGAACUAUAUGCCCAACUAAAUCAUCACCAUCUUUUGGAGCUGGCCUCCUCACCCAUAGCCCACCAUGUAUGCCGCACAAAAUGUCGAAAAACACAUUGCACCUUCGGGGCAGCACUACAGCGGUAGAAACCGCGUCCCCAAUAUUCAGGAAUUCAUGAAACAAUUGGAUCAAGAAAAGGCAGCCCGAGAUGCAGAGCUUGAGGAACAGCUCAAGGCUAACCGCACCAACGGUGAGACUGUUGAGCAUGAAAACGACGACGAGAGAAACAAGAGAAAGGAUGCUAGAUGGGUGAGAGAUCCUGUCACAGGUAAAGAUGUCCAAAUACGUGAUGCACAUCUCGACUUUAAAGAAGCUGUCGAGAAUCCACAGCUGUCUGUUCCCAACGAAAACCUCGGCAAAGAAACCACCGUGAAAGUAUCUUCUGAUCAAUCUGGCGAAGAAUACCGUGAAGCCAUGGAUAUCACGGCACCGCCUGACCCAGUCAAAGUGGGUGCCACAUCCGACGUCCCCAUCCGAAGUGAAAAGACGUCUGUUCUCUUCUACAAGACCCCAUCUGUGAGCUACGAGCCCAUGUUUAAGAGCAUUGAGGAGCGAGCCAACACGCUAUGCCUUGGCAUCUUCUGUGCCAUCAUCUUCAUGGGCCGCAUGUUUGGCGGAAGUCUUUGGGGCCUGAUCCCUUUGGCUGGCUGUGUUGCAUCGGGCGUCUUCCUAUGGUGUAAAGAUUUGAUCCGCCAGGGCCGGGAUAUGGAGUGGCAGAGUGAGCGUGAGCGUGGAGAAACUGCCACUGUCAAUCUGAUUCCCGAAUCUGUUGAGUGGAUGAAUACCAUGAUUGGCAUGAUCUGGGGCCUAGUAAACCCAGAGAUGUUUGUUGCUGUUGCUGACACCAUUGAGGAUAUCAUGGUUGCUUCAGUCCCUGGUGUUAUUGAUAAUAUCCGCAUUGCAGACAUCAACCAAGGCACUAACCCCAUUCGUGUACUCAAUAUGCGAGCCCUUCCCGACGCCCAUAUGCAGGACAUCAAGGAUGAAACCCACAAGCAAAACAAGAAGAUCAUGGAUCCAGACGAACUGGCUGCCAACGAGCAGGCAGGCGAGUACUACAACCUAGAGGUGUCAUUUGCAUAUCAUGCAAAGCCCUCUGGAACUGAUGUUGCGUCCAAGGCUCGCAACAUGGGCAUGCAAAUCAUCUUUUAUCUCGGCGUCAAGGGUCUCUUUGGCGUUCCGUUCCCAGUGUGGGUUGAGUUGGUUGGGCUUGUGGCUACUGCGAGAAUGCGUAUCCAGCUUACACCCGACCCGCCUUUCCUCAAGACUGUCACAAUGACACUCAUGGGUAGACCUAACGUCCAGGCUGCCUGUACCCCCAUGUUUGAAAAGGGUGUCAAUAUCCUCAACCUCCCCAUCAUCUCCAACUUUGUCAACUGGGCCAUUGGCGCAGCAGCGUCCAUGUAUGUCGCGCCAAAGAGCUUAACUCUCGACAUAAGCUCCAUGCUGCAGGGCGACGACAUCAAAAAGGAUACCCUUGCUCUUGGAGUCAUCUUCCUUCGCAUCCACAAGGCUGUUGGUCUCAGCAAGCAGGAUCAGCGAGGCAGUGUGGGCGGUGGAUCUGAUCCGUACAUCACCAUCAGCUGGAGCAAGUUUUCCAAGCCGCAGUUCUGCACACGAGUUAUCCAGGACGACCUCAACCCUGUCUUUGAGGAAUCAUGCGGAUUGUUGGUUACUAGUGAUCUUCUCAAGGCUGACGAGCAGCUCUCAGUUGAACUCUGGGACAGCGAUCGCUCGUCUGCUGACGAUGUUGUCGGUAAAAUUGAGUUGUCUAUCCAGAAGCUCAUUCAGCACCCUGGCAAGAUGUUCCCGCAAAAGUCUACUUUGCGUGGUGUUCAGGCUGACAGCACCAUGCCGGGUGAGCUGCACUGGGAGGUUGGCUUCUUUGGCAAGACGAUGCUCCGAGAGGCCCUCCGCACCGACGGAAAGAAUGUGAACCUACCCAAGGAACUCAAGGACGAUCCCAAGUUGCAAGAGAAUCAAGGAACCCCUCAGAACAAGACAGAAGAAGCUGUUCUACGAACUCCACCAGACCCUCUGUGGCCAUCUGGUGUGCUUAGCAUUGUUGUCCAUCAGAUUGUUGGCUUGGAGCUGUCAAAUAUCAGUGGAUCGGAUGGUAAUCGCAAGGGCAAAGAGUAUGAGCCCGCAAGACCUGAGGCCGGUGAAGUCAAGGAGGAGCAGCAUAGCAAGCUUCCCAGCUCAUACUGCACUAUUCUCGUCAACGACGAGCUAGUCUACAAGACUCGAACCAAGGUUGUCUCGUCUCGCCCCAUUUUCAAUGCUGGUACUGAGCGCUUCAUUCGCGACUGGAGAUCCUCCAUUGUCACUAUAGCUGUUCGCGAUGCCCGACACCGUCAACACGACGCUUUGAUCGGUGUUGUUCCUCUCAAGCUAUCCGACAUUCUACAAAAGGGCAGCGAAUGCACUCGAUGGUAUCCAUUGGACGGCGGCAUUGGCUUCGGCAGAGCCAGAAUCUCCAUUCUGUUCCGCUCCGUUGAGCUCAGACUCCCUCCACCACAACUAGGAUGGGACAUUGGCACCUUCGAGUUUACUUCGCCAACAAUCGCUACAUCCAAGUACGCCCCAGCGUCCAAGGCCAAGCUUAGACUACGCACUGGCGGUUCCACUGCCAGCGUCAAGCGAUCCUUCUCCAAGGCCGAAGGCGAGGGCAUGACCUUUGACAUUAGCGGCGAGAAUGGAAGCCAUACCAUUCGCAUGCCCGUUCGUCAUCGCUACCGAUCGCCCAUCUUCUUUGAAUUCCACCCCAUCAACCGCCGCCAUGCCGACGCCUUUGCCACUCUAUGGCUCCUCGAGCUUACGGAUGCUGAGGAGCAGGAAUUCGACAUCCCACUGUGGAAGUGCGACAACGCUCUUCGUCUGUCGCAAAACUACAUUACCGGCGAAAACUUCAAGGAGAUUCCUGACAUUGAACUAGAGGAAAUUGGCCGCGUCCGCUUCAAGGGCCGCUUCUCACCGGGCACAGAUUCGGAUCACAUCCGAUUCGCGAGCGACAACGACUCCCGCGAGACUAUCGAGACCUGGGAGGCAUGCUAUGCUGAAGGUGUUCGCCAGACAGAAGUCAAGGCAGAGGUACCCCGGCUGACGGCCCAACUCCACGAUGCAUCACUCACUCAAGGCCGUGAUGUUCUUGAAAUGGCAUCUGAAAAGGAAAAGGCCAAGUGGCUGGCCAAGGACGGCACUGACUGGAGCGGCGCAUUUGGCAAAAAUGUUGGCGAGUACGUGGCUGUCAAGAAGUCACUGUCCAAAAACAACGAGCACCAUGUGGAUUCAGACAAGGAAGAGGACGGCGACGAUGUCGAGGAAAGCGAUGACAGCUCCGCCCCUGACCUAGGCAUUCAAGACGGCUCCUCAACGCUGAGCGAGCCCUCCACACCGUCAUCCAAGACACGGCACUCCAUGGCUGACGAUGCCGCUUCGCAAAUGACGUCCGCGUCAAAGAGCAGCUCGCCACUCCAGGCAUACCGGGACUAUAAGGAGCGCAGCCGUGACUUGCACCGCAAACAGAGGGGUCUUAUGCAGUGGAAACCUCUCCGAAAUGCACAGUUUGCCAAGAACGAAGCCAAAUUUGCGUUCCGCAAGAUUCGCAAGCUAGGUUCUCUGGACGGCCGAGAACCGGAUGUUGAGACGGAAGUCUAAAGCUAUCAACGC